AUGAAAGGGCUCGCAAUUUUUGCCCUUCUGGGCACAGCUGCUUCACAACUCGUUAGCACGGGUGCCUCAUUCAAAAUCAAGGACGUCGAUUACUUUGUGUCACCAUACUCCCAAGGCAAGGUCGUCGACGGGCCUGUGGUUCACACGUCGUUGACGCAAGCUUUUGGCUUUGCACCUGUCACCGUUGUAACUGACAACGUGGACACUGCAUCUCUUGGUGGCCUCUUCAAGAACUGGACAACUAAAGACGAUGUUUGGCAGCCCGGCUUUUUGUCUGGCGUUUUUCUCGCCAACCACAAAGGCGGCUGCCUUUCCAAGAAGUCCCUGUACGACGGAGCAGGCUCCUCGUUGGUAUUCCCUUUAUCCAGCAAUUUGACCAUCCCCUCAGGACCAUACUUCCUCCACUUAUCAUCUGGCGAGCUCUAUCAAGCAUUUCGUCUCUAUAGAGAUACUGUACAAGCCUUCAGCGCUGGCCUGCUCCAAAGCCCAACAGGCAGUUCUUUUCAACCUCUUUCCGCGCAGGUCCAUGGCUCAGAUGCCCUCACUAUCGGAGUCCCUUCACGACUGUAUUUCACACGAUCGGCCGAGAAGCCUCUUGCCGGGGUACGCGUUGGUGUUAAAGAGCUUUACGAUCUUGCUGGCCUGCGCAAGUCCAAUGGAAACCGUGCCUGGUGGCGCCUAUACCCUGAAGCGAAUACCACUGCUCCAUGCAUCCAAAACUUGAUCGAUGCGGGCGCAAUCAUCGUGGGGUAUCAGAAGCUGUCUCAAUUUGCCAACGGAGAAACUGCCACGGCUGAUUGGGUCGACUAUCAUUCCCCGUUCAACCCCCGCGGCGAUGGUUACAAUAGCCCCUCUUCAUCCUCAUCCGGUGCUGGAGCGUCCGUUGCGUCUUACGAGUGGCUUGAUAUCGCCGUCGGUUCGGAUACCGGCGGGUCUAUCCGUGGACCUGCUGGCCAACAAGGCUUAUUUGGAAACAGGCCUUCAAAGGAUCUCGUCACUCUCGAUGGCGCUAUGCCGCUGAGCCCAACCUUGGAUACCCCCGGCUUUCUUGUACGUGAUCCAGAAAUUUGGGACAUUGCCAACAAAGCUAUGUACGGCGACAAUUAUACUUCGUAUACCUCAGACAUCAAGUAUCCAACCAAGGUUUAUACCUAUGGCUUUGAUGGCGCGCAGUCUCUUAUAGUAGACUUUGCGGACAAGCUGGCAGCUUUCCUUGGUGCAGGUGGUCCGGAAGUAUUGGACCUUGCUGCUCUUUGGACCGAGACUGGACCUGUAUCAGACCCCUUGAGCGUCAUGCUGCGGCAGACUUAUGCAGCGCUCAUCGGCAUCGAGCAAAUCAAGUUGGUCCGUGAUCCCUUCUAUGUAGAUUAUGCUGCUGCUUAUGAAGGGCGUCGGCCGUUUGUGAACCCCGUGCCCCUUUCCCGAUGGGCCUACGCCGAAGCACUCCCAGAGGGAACUUAUGAGGCCGCGCUGCAGAACAAGACCGCGUUCAUGAACUGGUUCAACAGCAAUGUCCUCCCACGCUCCAACGAUGGCGGUCAAUGCUCAGAGUCGAUUUUGCUCUACCCCAGCAGCAGCGGCACCCCAAGCCCGAGGAAUAGAUACUUUUCAGCUCCUGGUGCGCCUCUCGGGUUCAGCUCUGGCCGGAUCAGUGUUUUCGCCGAAGUGCCAGACAAUGUCUUCCCGCUUGGCGAGGUGGCGACAAAUAGCUCCAUUACGGGGCAAGAUGAGCUGUUGCCUGUGGCCGUGAGUCUCCUGGUUGCCAAGGGCUGUGACGGUAUCUUGCCUCGACUAGCAAAGGAUCUGGUCGAACAGGGGGUGUUGAAGAUCCCACAGACAGGACGCACGCUGGAAGGAGGCGAGAUUCUACUCAGGAGAAGUGAAUAUUAA